AUGAACAAAGCUAUGAAAAACAUAGAUCUCCAGUAUUAUCUUAAUGAGGAGGAAGAGUGGGUCUAUAUGCUGAAGUUCAACUCUUUGGGACAACAAACCUGUUCAGCCCAUCCUGCUCAAUUCUCCCCAGAUGGUAAGUACUUGAGAUACCAAAUCACCAUCACGAAACCUUUUAAAGUGCUCAUGACCCAGCAGCCAUUUCCUGUCCUCUGA